CUACUCUGAAUCAAUCAGAGCGGUCAGGACUAGUGAUCUUUGAAGAGUCGUAGGCCUGUCAUCCCCGCCGAAAAGGACACGCCAUACGUCACGGUUUCCGAGAUAGCUUCGGUUCCGACACACAAGGCAAAUCGAAAUAGGAAACUUCCAACAUCAAGAUUGCACCACCUUGCCUUGAUCUUUGCAACUCAAGCAGCUGAGAAAGACUUCACACACAAGAUAAAGAACCUCGGUCACCAAACGCCUGAAGAUACGAGCCCAUGCCUCGAGGAGUAUGUCUUCACCUCCCUCGACGAAUCUAGACUCAUCGGAUCAUGUACAACUAGAAAUCGAGAAGAACGAUAAGUUAGCGAGUUCAGAGGUCGGCACGGGAGUGCAGCAGAGCGACGAAGGACGCCGAUCGGAUGUCGGGAUACAGGGGCAAGAUGUUGAUGGGGGGAUCAGUUCUGGAGAAGCACAGACAUCGGAUAAUACUGUGAAUUCUACGGAAAGGUCAGCUGGAGAUGCGAAGGAGGAUGUCAUCCAGGCAGCAGAAGUACCAACCACUGGGAUACAGCGUGAGGAUGGCUCAGCAGAGGCUUCGAGCCAUGAAGAUCAGAGGAUGAGAAAAGCAGACUGGACAGAUGCGGAAGGAUCCGGUAUACCUUCAGAGGACAAGUUCGCAGCCCCGAGGACAGAUUCGUCAGAACCGACCGACUCAUCUCAGCAGGGAGAACAGGUUACGAAUGCAGCCGAGACGACGAGUCCCCUUGUAUCAGCCACUACGGAAACUCCGGAUACAUCGGCCACCCCGACAAACGUUCCCACCGCCCAAUCAGAUAUACCGACAUCUUCCUUCGUUAGGGUGAACUCACCAGCCGCCGGCUCAUCUAGCUCGAUCUUCAGCUCGGCACCAAAGAAGUUUAGUACUGUCAACAUCAAUAAGAAGUUCUUGGGCAAGACGUCGGCUAGUCCGGUCGCCGGAGCUGCGCCACCUAAUGUUCUAGGGGCCAAGCCUACAGGCGCUUUGGGUAGCCUCAUCCGGCCCUCGAUCUCUCCGAACCCAUCCUCGACCUCAACACCCAAGUUGACGAGUGCCAAAUUGACAUCGGUCAUCAGCUCGAAACCCGGAACGGGGCUACUCUCAAGUGCACCGGCUGUCGGUUGGGCGAAACCCUCCCCUAGACCGUCACCAGGUUUGUCACCAUCGAAUGAUCACUCCAUGCUAUCAUCUCCCGCAUCCGCCACCGAAAUAUUGCGGCCGACACCAUCAGCAUUGGGGUCGUUGAAGAGGGGUCAGCUAACAACGCCGUCGACAGGACUCGGGAUGGGGAUGGGGAGCAAGAUGAAGAAAGAAUGGGCACCUAUUGCUUCUGGAGAGGGAUUCAGGUCCGGGCUGGGUCGGGAGUUCCCGACCGCUGGCGAGGUCAUCGAAGGUCAAAGGCAAGCCCAAUCUCAAGCGCAGUCUAUCGCUCAGGCUCGAGCUGCCCAUAAUGCUGCCCUUAUCGAAGGCCUCGAUUCGUUCCGGGGCGUCAAUCGCGACCCGAAAAUGCAUUACUGGGACGAGGAUGAUGACGAGAACGCUGUUGAUGAUGUCAUAGACUUUGGUGACGGGAGAGCAUACAACAUUGCGGCGAUCUCCAACCCAGCAGCACCGCCACCUGACACGAAAGAGCUCGAAAGGAUCCAAGAGGGCCCCGUCAGCAAGGAUGAACGGUUUGCAGAAGACUUUGAUAGGAGUUGGCCGCCAAGAGGACCGCCGACGAUGAACAAUCAGGCCUCGAAAGCACUAUAUAAUGAUCGCUCCAAUCGAUUCGAAGAGCACGCCAGCAAGAUCCAGAACCAGGCUGUACCGAGGCCGCAACAGAUACUAUCACGGCAGCCUCGCAGGAGUAGCUUCGAUCAACCUGGACCUGCGGUCGAGCUCGACCAGAACCGAGCACAGGCUCUUCAUCUUCGAGAUGGGUCGCGCCCUCUCCCACCUCAUCUGGCUGGUCGCGGGUCGGAAAGACCACCAGCGAUGUCGUCGCGAGAUGCAGAAAGGCCUUCCGCAAAUAUGGCAGGUAGUCUCAGAUCUCUUCAGCACGACUUGCCACCUCAUCUUCGAGACGGACCACCGCGACCGCCUCAUACCCAGCCUGGCGUGGCUUCCCGACCUGAGCGACAUUUCCCACCGCAUCUUGAUCAUGGCUCCGAGUCCGAGCGCGCACCGCGCCCGGACCGAUGGGCCACAAGAGAGAGGGAAAAUGUAUUGAACCCAGAAAUUACCACACCGGAUUCCGGCCGUCCCCGGAUCCAACAGGUCCCAUCAGCAGCAGCAGCUAUGGGUAAUGAUCACGCAAAUGUUGACGCACGAUCUUCACCGGUACACUCUCCGAAGGCCAUCACAAAUCUUCCAAGCACGUCAGAGGUCGCACCCAUCUCCACCACCGGAGGCGAUGUAACGGUAGCGCAAAAGGAUGAGAUGCACGAGGCGGCUGAGCGCGCUAGAUUGCGACGACAACAGGAAGAGUCGGAAAGGGAGGCCAGGGCGGAGAGAGCUCGUCAGAAGGCCAAGCAGUUGGAAGACAAGAUGAAAGAAUCAGAGGCUGCCAAAGCGGCAGUCGCACCAGCACCCAUAACUACAUCGCCCAUCAUUUCCAAAAUACUGCCGCGCCCGAUCGAUGCAGCUUCACAGACAGCUGGAACGUCACAACCCCUACCGCCGGGUCUGCGCCCGGUUGACACUGCAAAUGUGAACGCCCGACCUGGUCAGGUCAGCGUCGGAGAUUUGCGUCGGGCUGAGUACUCAGACGUCUGGAGGAGAGGCGCUCAGCCUCAGCCCGUUUCGAACGGCCUCAGCGAAAUUGCAAGAACGCCUGCGACGCAACGACUUUCUCCCACAUUGCCCAAGCGUCCUUUCGACACUCAGAAGGAUGCCAAGCCGGUUGACGCAGCGCGUAAUAUCCGUGAACGACCGCCCCAUCCGAUGAUACCAAGCAUUGCUCUCGACCAGUCAUCCGGGGGAGCGCCAGUAACGGUCCAAUUCGCCGACUUCGGGAAGGAUGAAGGAUCCCGUAGUCCCGUCCGAUCCGUUUCCAGGGCUAUGCCGUUCGGUGAUGGGGAGGCGGAAGGAUCUCGCUUCGGGAAGAGGCUGAAUGAUGCUGGAACUUGGCGCAAAUCAUCAACAACUCCAGCUCAAGCUCGCACUGGACCAGAGCCUGACCUCUCCUCGGUAGCUCGAGGGGGAGAAAGAUCAUCUGCCGUCUCCGCAUACCAACCGGGGGUGUCGUCCGCAUCAGACUUCACCAUCCAAGCGGCAGAAUCCCCGUCACAAGCGGUCGAUGCAGGAACGACGAUCGGGGAAAAGGUCAGGCGAUCAUCUCGGCCAGCUGAGUCGGAAAACAACUUCGACGAGAUUAUGGCUCGCAUCAAAUCCGCGAUCGUGGCUGAAAAUUCGGCAGCAACCCACGCUCGAGACGUGCCUUCCACUCAGGCUCCCGUUCCAGCGCGCGAAGAGCAACCGAGCGGUCCAGGCCAUCCGGCUGAUCCAACACCGGCGUCACCUGUCCGGACAACCAGGAGGAUCAUCUCUGAAGAGGCCAGGAAACCACCACUUCCCGUCCGAUAUAUUCCCUUACCUCUACCUGGCGACUUUAGCACGACUACAGCACCUCUGCCUUCUGAACCGGCACCAGCAUGGAAGACCUACGUGAUCAGACUGCCAAAAUCGCGUAAACCUCAACGACCGUUAUCGCGAAAGCGGACGCGAUCGGAUUACAUAGCUCCUGUACCUCUCGGAUGGGCAUUAUCUUGGAGCCCGCCUUUUGAGCAGCUGAAUCCUAACACGCUCUCGCGUGACGAUUGGUUGCUUCCCCCAAAUUAUAUACGAGGCAAAGCUGCUGCACCUGUUUCCUUGCCUCAGGGCGUAUUCAAGCCAUUCGUAGCACCGCCCGCUGCUCCUGUGAAUUGGAACCGACAAGAAUCCGAGGAAGCGGUCCCGGUGGUCAAGGAGUCUUCACAGACAGUCUCGCUAGAGGAGUCGAGGGCGCAAGAAAGCGUCGUGCGCAAAAUAGUGGUCAAUCUGCCUAGACGUUCCCACGGAUCUGCGGUCGCGCGGUCUGCCAGUGCGGCAUCAAUCGCUUAUCCCUACAAAGACGGUAAAGCACAGGAAUACCUAUCAAUGGUUCCUGUCGAAGCUGUUCAAACCACGGAGGACCUGGAUUCGCUAUUAGCCUCACCUACCCCUUCGGAGAUUCCUCUGCCUGCAUCUAGCAGUCGGGACCGCAACGCAGCGAGGGCAACACCCAAUCGUCGACUACCCGACGGAACCGGUGUCAUCUUUGCACGCCCGCAUGGUAGCUCGUUUUCCGAAGAUGCCGAGGCCAAAUCAUCCAUGCGUUUCAUGGUGUCGAGCGAGCUUGAGAUCGACAACUUGCUGGAGGAAGUGAACAACAUGAGUAUGGACGGCUUGACGGAAACCAUUCCUGAGUCUUCCAACUCUACUAUCAGGAAGCAGGAAGAACCGACAUCCCAUCGAGGUCAAAAUAUCGCUCGCAGCCAGGCAACUUCCCCGAAUACCGCAGCUAGCGCUGCAUGGGCCAAAUCGAUGACCUAUCCUACGUCGCAAGCCAAUCAAAACUUGUCCAAUCGUGACCAUAUCAAGAACGUUUGGUCACAGGCAGGGAACGAUAACCUACAGCAGCAGAGCGGCAAUUCUCUCAUAGGUAUCGUCGAUGACCUUCCCCCUUCGUUGUCGGUAUCUAUGCACGACUUGAAAGAAGAGAGCGACAAACAGGAUCGACGUCAAACCCAAUUGGAUGCUGAAAGCCCUCGUUUCGCGACGGUGGGAGCGGUGAGAUCAGAAUCCUUCGAUCGCAUGCCGUACGGUCGCUUGCAACCGGCAGCUACGGGCGAGUCAGACUCUACGGAUGCACACGUCUAUGGCUCUGUCUCCCAGAUGCCAAACGGAACGAGUUAUGGAUAUCCCCUCACCAACGACACCCCUUCACCCAACCUACGCCAUGCCGGACAUCUCCGGUCAUCCUUCUCGGGUCAACACUCGCUGUCGAAUGGAGUGACCAGCACGCCCAGCGUGAGUGGUCUACCCGGUCAACAUCGGGGCCAACAUGGUGUAUGGGUUCCCCUGAACCAAGCUGGCAUGUCAUCGAGUUCUGGUAUGACGGCUGCGAUGAACGGAUAUAUGGGCAUGCCGGUCUCUCCCGUUUAUGGGUCCGCUGCGCCUCUGCAGAAAGGGAAUGGCCGAUCAUCUCACAAUGGAUACCCCGGCACUGCGCAAACAAGCGGAGGGAUGUAUUCGCACCCUACAGGUCCACUCGAUUCGCCUUCCAUGUCGUAUAUGCGUCCGGCUUUGCCCAUCAACAACUCCUAUCAGGCAGCGGGUCCACAGUCCGCCUAUCCAGCAUCGACCCAAUCAUAUUCUAUGCGAGAUGGGUAUACCAAUUAUGGCAUGAACGGAAACGGGAUGCGUCAAAGUGGGACAGGUCCGACCGGGCCUGGGCACUCCCGGUACGCUAGUAUGGGAUCAAUGCGAAGCGGUGGACAUGGUAGCAAUAAUUAUGGGCAGUCCAACUAUACUGACCAAGCACCGGCUCGAGGGUUAGGAAUGAGCGGUGGAUACAACGGGAUGAACGGGAUGUCGAUGCCCGGAUCGUCUCGGGCGUUGGGAGGCAGCCCCAACACCGGCAGAUUGGGAAGCGGGGGCAUCAGUGCAAGCGGGGCAGGGAAACGGCCAUGGUAGAUUCACAGGAGAAAUUGAAUACUUGUGCAUGUAUCGUCUUUAUGCGCGUUUUCCGUACGCGAUGAUCGGAAUAUCAUUUUACGCUCCUCCGAAAGGCGCC